AUGUAUAAAACGGAUGAGCCCUUUAAAAAGAGAUGGGCGUCGAUCCUAAAUAAGUGCUCCUUUGAUUUAAUGCUGCUAUUGAUUGAACGCAUAGCUCAGGAGAAGGAAGAGGUAGACAAGGGAAUUGAGGACUUAAAGACACAGUUAAAAUCUGACUACUCAGAAGAGGACUUUAAGAAAAAACUAGAGGAGACUAACAGACUUAUUAGAGACUGUGAAAUAAGAUUGAAGGACUUGAAGAUGAGGAAACUCAAUCGGGAUAAACAAGACUAUUCCAAUGGGAACAUUUACAAUUGGAAGGAGCAAGCCCCUAAGAAAAGGGUUACUUGGGCACCAACGACAUCUGGGGGGUUGGAAUUCGAUACUACAGACCCCUCAGACACAGAGUUAUCGGGGGAAGAGGGGGGCCGCAACCUCAGGAAUCGCAUUGAGACCUUUGAGAAACUGGUUCUAGAAGAAGUAGGGAAGUUAGAGACAGAGGAGCGUCACAUCCGACAUAAUAUGACCAACCGAGAAAGAACAGUGAUACGGGACUUACAGAAGGAUGCCAACAUUAUUAUUAAGCCGGCCGACAAAGGGGGAGAUAACAUAAAGGGUAACAUCUGCACUGGGGAGGAGAAGCUGGAGGACCUUCCUGGGCCUUUUUUUGAAAUGAGCAUGACUGGGCACAGCUAUAACAUCUAUAAUGCUGUCUAUGCUGUGGCACAUGCUCUACAUGCCAUGCAGUCAUUCCGAAGCAAACACAGAACAACAAUGAAUAGAAAGAAACCGAAUCUUGCAGGGCAGGACCACUGGCAGCUCCAUCACUUCCUGAGAGGGGUUGCCUUUAACAACAAUGCUGGGAACCAAAUUUCAUUCAACAAGAAUGGGCAGUUGGUAGCUGGCUAUGACAUUAUGAACUGGAUUUUUGCCUCAAACCAGUCCUUUCACAGGGUGAAGGCGCUGCCUAUUUCUGUAUGUAGUGGGAGUUGCCAUCCUGGCUACAGGAAGCACGUGAAGGAGGGAGAGCAAUUUUGUUGCUAUGACUGCAUCCCAUGCCCAGAAGGGAAGGUUUCAGAACAGAAGGACAUGAAUGACUGCUAUAAAUGCCCAAAUGAAAAAUUUCCAAACAAAAACCAGGAUUUAUGUAUUCCCAAGGAUAUCUCUUUCUUGUGUUAUGAUGAACCUUUGGGACUCAGCUUAGGCUUUCUUCCUCUCGCUCUCUCUUUGAUCACCGUUCUGGUGUUGGGAACAUUUAUAAAGCACCAAGAGACUCCUAUUGUCAAAGCAAACAACCGAAGCCUCACCUACACUCUCCUCAUCUCCCUUCUGCUCUGCUUCCUUUCUGCCCUGCUGUUCAUUGGCCAGCCUGAGGUGGUGACCUGCUGCCUCCGCCAAACUGCCUUUGGCACCAUCUUUUCAGUGGCCAUUUCUUGCAUACUGGCAAAGACCAUCACUGUGGUCCUGGCAUUCAUGGCUACCAAACCAGGAAGCAGGAUGAGGAAAUGGGUGGGGAAAAGACUGGCCAACUCCAUCGUUCUUUCCUGCUCCCUUGUCCAAGGAGGCAUUUGUGCUGUGUGGCUAGCCACAUCUCCUCCGUUCCCAGAUGUUGACAUGCACUCAGUCACUGAAGAACUUAUAGUGGAAUGUAAUGAAGGUUCUGUGGUUCUGUUUUACUGUGUGUUGGGAUAUAUGGGUUUCCUGGCCAUCAUUAGCUUUACUGUAGCCUUUCUCGCCAGGAAACUGCCUGAUACUUUCAAUGAAGCCAAAUUUAUCACCUUCAGCAUGUUGCUAUUUUGCAGUGUGUGGUUGUCCUUUGUUCCAACUUACCUGAGCACGAAAGGAAAAUAUAUGGUAGCUGUGGAGAUUUUCUCUAUCUUAUCUUCCAGUGCUGGCUUGCUUAGUUUAAUUUUUUUCCCUAAAUGCUAUAUCAUUUGGUUGAGGCCUGACUUAAACAACAGGGAAGGGUUAAUAAGGGGGAAAAGUCAAAGCACAUAA